AAAACGCUCCCUAGCUGACUAUCCUCCUUUUCUCUCUCUCAUAUCUGUACCCCCUCUCAGGCUCUCACUGUCCUUCGCUUCAAUCCCUUGGAAAUUAAACAACGGGAAGCAGCACUACUCUCAUGUGAAUUGUGAUAGAAAAUGUUUCAUAUAUUCUAAAAAUUUAAUCCUUGAUCUUGGCGAAUUACAAUUUACAGUGGUAUAAAAGUUUUGGUACCUUACUUUGCUUCCAAUUUACGUACAUACUGAUACCAUAUCUGAUAUCACUCCUCCAUUUCGGAAACCCUCGCUGACCCCCAUACACGAUUAAAGAUUUUGCUGCAGAAAAAAUUACGAGACAGCUAAAAAAAGGAAUAUAAUUCAAUUUAUUUAGGACAUUAUAACUAUAUGUACGUUUUUCAUGGAUAACCGUUCCACAGUUGGCAUUCUUUCACUUAUGCGCUUGCUAGCUAUGGGGUUAGAGAAGAGGGACGACUGUGCUUGUGAAUUAACCGAUUGAACUGACACCAUGCCUCGGCAGACAUUGUCAAGAAAGGAGAAUAUAGCAUAUUCUGGUGACAUUAGGCAUAGCUCGGAGUCCAGAAGGACAUCGAGACAGUCCCAAAUAUCAAGGUUUGCUGUGAAGAAGUCUUUGUGCCCACGAUCUAGUAAAGGUUUGAAGUACAAAGAUAAGGUCGUCGAAGUGGAGAAUUCCAUACGUCCUCCACAUUCAGAUGUUCCUUUCGAGUUUGUGAAGAAUGCUAACAAUGUGUUUGUCGUCCAGACAAAGUCUUGCGGCAAUCAACAACAGCCUCAAGUGAGGAAGGGUGUGAGUACAGAUGACGAGCUUGUCAAGUACAUGUCCAAGGUGCCUGGUUAUCUCCAAAGAGGAGAAAAGCUCCAGGAUAACAUUUUGAACUUCGGAGUUCUUGAUUGGGAACGGCUAGAGAAAUGGACUCACAAACGAGAAAAAAUGCUAGUGAGUGAGAGAAACACUAAACCCGCUAAUGGAAGCUGCUCUCUAUAUGCUGAUUGUUCAUCUGUUAUGGUAAAUAGUGAGGCUUUGGAUCACUCCAGAGAGCAACCCAGCGUUUAUUAUAGUGAUUCGGCCCAUAUAGUUGAUUCUUCGUCAGUUGCCAAACCUGUUAGUGGAAAGGCAUUGAAUCGCGCAUGCCUACAGCUUUCAUCAAAUCAUCCGAUAGUCAAGGAAGAGGAAAUAUGCAUGAAAGAUAUUCCUCGAAAAAGAGAUACUGUAGAUUCAAAGCCUGCCAAGUAUUUGGUUCCUAGUAGUUGUGGGCUGACGGGGAAAUCAUCUUCACAAUUAAGAGGAGAUGAUCAUGAGAUAUUAGAAACUCCGAGCAGAAAAGUCAGCAAUUCGGUUGCUGAAGAACUAAAUUGUUCUGAAAAUAUGGAAGGACAUGGACUUGAUUCUCCGCAGCAGUAUUUUAAUAGCAAGCAGGAGAGCAUUGUUUUCCUCUUUCCCAGAGAUUUAUCUGUUUCUAGAAGCUCAGAAGCGUAUCAUAGAGUAUCAGUUGAUGGCAAGUCAGCUGAGCAUAACUGGGGUAGCUUCUCUGAUAUAUUCUCCAUUGAUGAGAUCCACCCACAUGAGUCGUUUUCCAAUGUUCCAAAUUAUUGUGCCCUGAAUAAUGCAGUUGAGACGGAGACGGUAUUAGACUUGAAGCUUGACACUUUGGUCAAAGCUCAGGCUGUUGAGACUUUAGCCUAUCUGUCUGAUAUGCCCAUGCUGCCAACAGAGAAUGAAAUAGAAGCACCAACAACUAUGUCUUCUAUUCCAAAGGCAUUCAGUGGUCCCGGUCAAAUUGUGCAAAGCUCAUCAGCAGAAAUGUCUGGAGAUAGUUCAAGGCAUCAGCGUUUUAGCUUUGGCAUAGGUAGGAUGACGAAAAGCCUUAGCUUUAGGGAGAGUACAGUUCAACCUCCACUUAGCUCUACUUAUGAUACUGCCAAGUCUGGUCCUGCUAAACCUGAGUGCUCGACUUGUGAUGAUACUCAAAUUAGCAAUAAAUCAAACAUGAACAGAACAGCUAGAGCUAGCCCUUUAAGAAGAUUGCUAGAUCCAUUAUUGAGGUCCAAGUUUGUGAACCAAUUGAGUGAACAGUCAAAUGACUUGAGAAUGAAACCGCCAAUUCCUCUGCAUGUGGCUGAGAACAAAAAAGACACUGCAUCAACAGUAAAAGCCCUUUUGUAUCUAACAGUUAAGAGUGGGCUACCUUUGUUCAAAUUUGUGGUUGAAAUAAAUAAUGAGAUUUUGGCAUCCACAGUGAAGAGUUUAAGCACAGUUGGAAAGGAUGAUGUCAGCUGGUUAUACACUUUCUAUUCGGUUCACAAGGUCAAAACAAAAAGUGGUGGCUGGAAAAAUCAGAGGGUUAAACCUUGUGGAUUUGGGUACAACGUUGUAGGCCAAAUGAAGGUUUCCGAACCUCAUUUCCCAAGCUGGUGUGAGCAGAAGUCAAAAGACAGAUACAUGGUUAAAGAGUCAGUCUUGUAUAAUGUUGACGCAAGCGAGCUAGAAGCUGCAACUGUAGAAUCGAAGACAACCAGAGAGCUGGCAGCCAUAAUUGUAAACAUUCCUGAUACUGCUAGGAAACGCAGCAGCUUUUACAAUGAGGAUAAACUGGGUGACUGGUUUUCUCACUUUGAAGAUGAGAAACUGGGCCGGGUAGUUGUCAUACUUCCAGGUGGUGACCACAGCUUGCCACAUGAAGGAUUGCCUUCGUCUUUGAUUAACCGCUGGAGAUCUGGCGGAUCAUGCGAUUGUGGAGGGUGGGAUAUUGGGUGCAAAUUGAGAAUUCUCACUGAUAAAUGGCAACGCCACAAGUAUCUACAAAUUCAAUGUGAUCUUUAUGAUCAGGAGGAACCCAAGCAAUGGAAUCCUUUUUUUAGCUUGAUCCCUCUUCGGGAUGGUCUCUUCUCAGUGGAGUUUGAUACCGAAGUUUCUUCUCUGCAAGCAUUUUCCAUGUCCGUUGCAUUGAUCAACAGUCAAAAUCCGGUGAACUCUGCAGAUGCAACUGACGUAGUUGAAUCAAAACAGGACUUUGCUAACCCAGAGGCAUCCAUGGGCAUCAGAAGGGAAGGCACUGAAAAGCGCACUCCACAUCCACCCCUAUCCCCUGUUGGGAGAGUGUGAUUUGUGCUAGAUAGUUGAAUAAACUUGGGGUAAAUCAUCGUUGAAAAUGAGUUUGGUGGAUAUAUAACGGGAUAGCAAUUAGCUUCCCCGUCUUUGUAUCGAGAAAGUAACUUGUUCAUCUAAUGUGACAUGUACAUCUUCAAUGUUA